AUGAACUAUCUCCACACUCGCUUGGGAGGUUUCCACGUUUCCACAUUUCCACGUAGACUUCGACGGAUUGGCGCGGAACUUCAUCGCUCGCUUCAUAUCCUUCGCGAAUCGUGGAAACUGCGUCCUUCACCCACCUUUUGGACGCGAAUUCGAUCGAAGACGCGUGGAACCGAAUUCUCUCCUCUCCGCACUGCGUCGGACACAACUACCAGCUCCUCGAUCUUUCAUCCGGCCAGCUCCUCGACGUCGAAGUCGCGCCGUUCGACCGGAUCGGGAGAGUGGGGGCAUUGCCGGGGCGUCCGCACUUCCAUUCGAAUAUGUAUAGCGUGCUGAUUGUGGACGACACGCCCGGGGAAAGCUCGAUUCAUCGCGAGGCGCGCUAUAAGCAGAUGGAAACGCCGCGAUGCUUUGAUGACGCGAUGAAGGUGUUGAGUGACGUAGAGGAUAAGGUAGAACCGAUUUAUCGGCCGACGACGCUGAAUACUGCGUUGAUUGACUUCCAUCAGAGGAAGUGUGUGGUGUAUGCCGGACCUCCCUCGGAAAAGAAGGUGGUUGCACAGUACUUCCUUUAAUAAUAA